AGUGUACACUGAGUGCAAACUGUCCCAGUGUAACACAUUCGAUCGAUGCUCACUGUUUCAGUGCAUUGCAUUCGUCAUAUUCGGUAUGUUGUGUAAAACUCAUUCGGACACACCAGAAAAACUGAAAGAGUGCCACACGUAUUACACUAGAAUUUUGGCAGUGUAGUUUACUACGCAAUUAUAACCUCUUUUUGGCACUAACUUCUAUUUGGCACUAGUGAGAAAGAAGAGGAAAAUAAUCAUGAAUUUUAACCGAGUUAUGUUUAUAAAUGAAAUGUUAGAAAGUAGUAGUAGUGAUGAUGAAGAAAAUUUAGUUUUAAAGUAUGUAAAAGAAGAAAGACCAAAAAUAAACAAUUAUAUGGAUAUUAUCAAUGAAUAUUCAGAUAAAGAAUUUCAGAGAAACUUUCGUUUGCAACGGAAUACAUAUGUAAAAUUGAAAGAUUUAUAUGAAGAAUCAAACUUUUGCCAAAAUACUAUUAAUAAUCACAUAUCACAUGAUGUUAAAUUACUGGCAUUUUUAUGGUUUGCAGGUAAUAAAAGUUCUAUUAGAGAUGUAGCAGGUAGAUUUAAUAUGGCGGAUUCCACAUUUCAUGCAGUUUGUGAUAACAUUAUGGAUUUUUUAAAUAACUUAGCACGAUAUAUAAUAACAUUUCCUGAGACACUUGAGGAAAAGACUGAGAUUUCAAGAGAAUUUGAAAAUAUCAAUGGUUUUCCUGGGAUUCUUGGGUGUAUAGAUGGCACUUAUAUUACAAUACGUACACCUGCUCACAAAAUAAAAUCAACAUAUGUUAAUCGACAUGAUAUAUCUUCUUUGACGUUGCAAGCAAUAUGUGAUUCAAAGAAGAAGUUUCUUGACAUUUUCACAGGACCACCUAGUAAAAUACAUGACGCACGUGUUUUCAACCUAUCUUUUAUAAGUACUACAUUGCCAAAUAUAUGUGGAAAUGAAUGGCAUAUAUUAGGCGAUACAGCUUAUCCUCUUAAAAAAUAUCUCAUAACUCCUUAUAAAGAUUACGGAAAUUUGACAGAGGAGCAACGAAAUUUCAAUUACAAAUUCUGUGUUUGUAGAGUAAAAAUCGAAAAUGCCUUUGGCUUAUUAAAGGCACGAUUCAGACAACUAUUGGGUUGUUCGGAAAGUUAUUUCGUUUUUUCAAGGAAAAAUGAAAGGCGGUUUUUCCAUAUUUAAAAUAAAUUUUAUUCAG